GGAAUGCUGGACACUUCACGCACUCAACGGUCGCAGAUUUGAUUACGUUGCGGAAGAGGAGGGGCUUACGGGGCAAAGGUUGUAUGCACAAGUUGUUGGAAGAUGGCGGACGAUAACACAUCUUAUAAAUGUAAGCUGAAUUAUAAAUCAUUAUUGUCAUAAUUUGAACGACACUUUUUUGAAGCAUAUUCAGAUGAUUUCUCUUUAUACGUAUGCGCAUUAUGAGCCACAUAUUGUUCGUUGAUAAUUGUUAUUCAGAUAAGUGGUUUGUUAAAUCUCUCAAAGGGACCGAGGAAGACACACGCAACCUUAUUUCUUGGCGUGCUGCGCAGGGAUUAAAGUUCUCCGUCGUUACGACGGAUUUCCGUCAAUUGGAGCGAGUCAUUGACGGAUUUCCGUCAAUUACAGUGUUCCGCUUGUUCUUAAUUUUUUUUCAUGCUCUUUUCCUAAUUUUAAUGCUGUAAAUAUAGGCAUUUCUCAAAUAGUGUAAUAAAUGUCUUAAUUUUAGUUUGAAUAGGUCUUAAAUUAAGAAAAGAAGUGUAUUCAGCCUGCUGAGGAGGAAAAAAAUUUUGUGAUCAAAGCCUGGAGUGGAGCAAAUGCACGUUCCUCUCUCCACUCUAAGCGUUUUAGCAUCACUCCGCUAUGGAUCCACUCCGGGUUUUGGUAUAGUUUCAGAGAAGUACAUGUCAGGCUACGGCUGAGGUAAGUUAUUUAUAUUUAAGAUAGCAUGGACCCAUUUAUAAUGCAGGAAGGCUCCGAUGUUUCGGAGAUCGAAAAAAGUGUAAAAAAUAAAUGGAGAUGGGCUUGGCUUAGCGAAAUUGGGGAGAAUGGCAAGCCUUUUAGUUCGUGGGCAAAAAAAAUUAAACAACCAGGUACGUGUCUUUGCACAGUAUGCCACAGGAAACUUCAAUAUGGCAGUAAUGGCAAAAAAGUGCUAGCUCGCCAUCAGUCAGAAGCCAGUCACAAUGCCGCCGUUCGUGCUCUACAGUACACUUGCUCCCUGCCUGGUGCGACAAGUACCACAACGGAGAUUCAUGCAUCUAUGGCCGACCGUGUGUGCGAUGUAAAAGUGCGCGUAUGUUCUUUCAUAGCGGAGCAUGACCUGUCGUUCACAAUCUCACAACCGCUAGUUAAUUUGAUGCAGUCAGUUGUCAAAGACAAGAGUGCACUUUCAAGAUUGUCAAUGUCUAAUGCACAUGCCUCCUACUUGUGCACACAUGGUAUUGCUGCUUAUUGGAAGUCCGAAUUGUCAUCUAAGCUGAAAACGAAGAUGUUCUCAUUAAAUGUAGAUGAGGCAACAGAUGGAAACAUGGACAGGAUUCUGAAUGUUCUUGUUCGGUACUAUGAUGAAGAUGUGGGAAAAGUGGCAACCCAGCAUCUAGCCUCGAGGAAACUGAAUAUCGCAGAUGCCUUAUCAAUCACAAACACAUUGACAGAUAUUCUCCAGUCAUAUAGCCUGAACUGGAAUCAGGUUGUUGGUAUACUGUUGGAUAACUGCAGUGUGAUGAGAGGGAAAAAGUCUGGAGUAGAGACACUAGUCAGAAGAGAAAAUCCAUCACUGCUGGAUGUCAGCGGAGACACUGUCCAUAUGGUCUCGAAUGCAGCCAAGGCCCUUUUAAAUACUUUCCAGGGAUUUGUGGAACAAUUUUGCUCUGAUGUAUACUAUGACAUUGAAAAAUCACCCAAACAGAAAGAAAUUUUUUCUGAGUUCCAGUCCUUACUUCAUUUGGAGAAUAAGAGCGUAAUACGUCCCAUCAGCAGCAGGUUCCUGCAAAUGUUAGAUGUGUGCAACAGAAUACGGGACCUUAUGGAUCCAUUGACCGUGCACUUCUACAGCGUCCUGUCUUCUCAUGAUCAACACAAACACAGAUGGCUCCUGAACCAGCUUCUUGAUAAGCAUGCAGUUACAUCUGAUGAGAAGGCCAGGAUAAUAUGUCUGCAACAGCAAAUAGCAAAAUCUGCGAGGAUAGGAAGUGAUGUCAACAAAAAACGAAAGACACGCAUCUGUAUGCUUUUUUCCGAGUUCGACAAGCUCACAACCAUUAUUGAUUUGUAUCGAGGUGUACUUCCAACUUUCCAGGUGUUCCUGAAGAAGUUGCAACAUGAAAAGCCCAUGAUUCAUGUGCUGCAUGCUGAAAUGCUACUGCUGGUUAGGGAACUUCUCUCCAAAUUUAUGAAGCCUGAAACUAUCCCUUUGAGUGCAAAUGGCUUGUUGAAGCUUAAUGUUCACCAGAGAGACAUGCAGUACACUGACAAAAGGUUGUCUGUGGGAAGAUUCAGCUUCUUUGCCUUAAACAAGGCUAGAGUGGAAAAGAAGCCCUGGGUGCAGAAGCUCUACAGUUCUCUCAGAGAAGGCUACAUAAAGGCAGCAACAUUCCUCCUGAAAAACCUGCCCCUCAACAACAUCAUCAUCACCUCUUUAUCUGCGUUGACACCAUCAUUGAUUCUCCACGAAUCAGUCCAAGGUGCAUUCAACACCUUGGCCAAGGCCUUGCCAAAUGCUGUGAAGUCAGAAGAGUUGGGUCAACUGGAUGAAGAGGUUCGAGCCUACCAGAUUAAUACAGAUCUAGGAGCACAGGCCAAAUGCUUUGAGGAGAACAAUGCACGAAUCGAUGUUGACUGGUGGAGUAAGAUUUUUGCCAUGAAGAUGACAGGAGGAGGAACGAGGUUCCCCAUCUUAGGGAAGUUGGUAAAGGCUCUUCUGUCAUUGUUCACUGGCCCUCUUGUAGAAGGAUCAUUUAACAUGAUGGAUGAUAUAAUUGAGAAAGACAGGGUUAGGCUGAACAUUGAGACUUAUGAAGGUUUAGCCAUUCUCAAGUCCAACAUGAAGGUAAUGGGCAAAACUGCAUCUAAAAUGCAAAUUACCCCUGCAUUAAGGAGAUUUUGCCUGUCUUCUUAUGAGACAUACCAAAAUCAUCUGAAGAAAAAGAAGGUGAACCUUGACAAUCAAAAGGAAAGGAAACUGAGGGAAGCUGUGAAGGUUCUCUCAGAAGUUAGGGUUAGAAAAGUAAAGAAAGGUUCCACCUCUUAUGUUUGUGCUAAAGCCCCCACCUCUUCCACCCUGGGAGUUAAACGAAUAGCUGCUGCUACAGCCUCCACCUCCUCCACUGCUGGAGUUAAAGGUAAAUCUGCUGCUACAGCCUCCACCUCCUCCACUGCUGGAGUUAAAGGUAAAUCUGCUGCUACAGCCUCCACCUCCUCCACUGCUGGAGUUAAAGGUAAAUCUGCUGCUACAGCCUCCACCUCCUCCACUGCUGGAGUUAAAGGUAAAUCUGCUGCUACAGCCUCCACCUCCUCCACUGCUGGAGUUAAAGGUAAAUCUGCUGCUACAGCCUCCACCUCCUCCACCUCUCCUGGAGCCACUCCUGCACAUGUAGCUAGUCAAACACUAAAACGGGUUUCAGGUGUAGCCAAGCUUCAGGAAUAUGGUUUUACAGCCAAAAAGCAGAAAAAGUGAAAAGCACUCUAGAGGCAUUUGGACAAGAAAAGCACUUUUUGGAAUUUAGUGGUGGUGCUGUUACUUUUUUUUUGCUGUUAAUUAUUAAUAGUUUCACAAAACAUUGUUUGGUGUUAUAAGAUACAUAAAACAUGCACUGAAAAUACACUUUUUGAAAAAGCACUUUUUGGAAUUUAAUGGUGAUGCUAUUACUUUUUUUCUGUUCAUUAUUAGGAGUUUCACAAAACAUUGUUUGGUGUUAUAAGAUACAUAAAACAUGCACUGAAAAUACACUUUUUGAAAAAGCACUUUUUGGAAUUUAAUGGUGAUGCUAUUACUUUUUUUCUGUUCAUUAUUAGGAGUUUCACAAAACAUUGUUUGGUGUUAUAAGAUACAUAAAACAUGCACUGAAAAUACACUUUUUGAAAAAGCACUUUUUGGAAUUUAAUGGUGAUGCUAUUACUUUUUUUCUGUUCAUUAUUAGGAGUUUCACAAAACAUUGUUUGGUGUUAUAAGAUAAAUAAAAAUAUGCACUGAAAAAAACACUUUUUGAAAAAGCUCUAUUUUGAAUUUAAUGGUGGUGCUAUUACUUUUUUUCUGUUAAUAUGAGUUUCACCAAACAUUUGGUGUUAUAAGAUAAAUAAAAACAUGCACUGAAAA